GCCGCAGGGACCCGAGGACAACUCCAUCUCGUGCCUCCCGCCACGGCGGCGCACACCCCGCCACGUCGCGAUGCCCCUUUGGCUCGGUGGGGGCCUCGAAGUUUGCAGCGGGUGGUCGCCAGCCUACCGGAAGGCACCCCGCCAGUCAUGCUCAGCCCGCGCGCGAGGCUUCAGGACAUGGAGGGGCCCCUCGCCGCACAGGGGACGGGCAAGGUUGAGUGCUUCCGACCGCGCGUGCCCAGCUCGGCCCCCACGCGCUGUCCCACGGCAGACCUGCUCACGCUCGACGACGACCAGGACGCCGAUGCGCACCAGGAGGACUGGGGCGUCGCUGCGCUUUCGAGGGGCGGCGACGAGCCGGCGCUCCUCAAGACGGCGCCCUUCGAGACCGUGCCCGUCAGGGGCGAGCGUCCCGGGAGGGGGUCUGCGAUGCCAGCGACCCCGUCGAGGCGCCUCCUGUCCGAGGCGUACUGGGAGCUGAAGGCUGCCGCCGCGCAGCGGCUGGCGUGCUCGCCUUGGGAAGUGGGCGUGCGGCAGCGUUGCCCACGCGUCGACGAAGGCGGCUGCCUCGGGCCCGCGGCGGCCGCGCCGCCAGCAGCGGAAGGUGCCGAAGGCGAGGGCCCAGCGGCGGCCGAGCCCCCAGCAGCAGGAACCGCCGAGGGCGGAGGCGCCGAGGGCGGCCCCAGGAGCUGGGCGGGCGCCAUCUCAAGGGAAUUGCGCCGCAGGGCGCUCGUGCCGGUGGUGGCGCCUCUGGCCCCGCCGCCGGCUGCGCCGCCGCGGUCGCCCUCCGCAGCAGCAGCAGUCGGUGCCGCCCUGAGGUCGCGUGGCCGGUCGUACCACCCGGCUUGGGGGUGCUAGGAGCUGCAGGUCAGUGUCAAGGUCACAUAAGACUCGAGCUCGGCGGCACUCGGAGCUCGUUCUGGGGUCUGACGGUCCAGGUUCGUGGGGUGU